AUGAUUAAAUUUUUGUCUUUAAUAAGUCUUAUUCUUAUUCUUAACAUUCCAUCAAUUGAAAAUGUUGAUCGACAAAAUUUCAAAACAUGCGAACAAAGUUCAUUUUGUCGACGUCAACGUAAAUAUAAACCCGAUACAACACCAUAUGAAGUUGAUCUAAGUUCAAUGAAAAUAAUUGACAAAGGACAUAUACAAUUUGUUUUACUUAAUACAUUAAAAUCUGAAGUUAAAUUUCAAUUAGAUUUAUAUACACUUGAACAUAAUUCAUUACGUGUUAAAAUUAAUGAAAUAAAUCCAUUAAGAAAACGUUAUGAAGUUGAACAUGUUCUUGUUGGUGAACCAAAACUUGUUGAUGUUACUAUUAAAAAAACAGAUAAUAAUCAAAUUGAAGGACGAUUUGGUGAAACAGCUAAAUUUAUACUUAAUUCAAAACCAUUUCGUUUAGAUUUAUUUACAAAUGAUAUAUUUGUUAUAAGUGUUAAUUCAAAAAAUAUGUUUAAUUUUGAGCAUUAUCGAAAAAAACCAGGAUCUGAUGAAGCUGCAGCUGAGAAUAACGUAAGUUUUCAAAUAUUUUAUUUGUCCUAUUUGUUUUUUUUUUUGUCUUGUUUUAUUGAAGAAAACAAAAACAAGACACUUGAUUAGUUCAUUGUAUUUUUCUUCCCAUUACUCAUCAUAGUCUACUCAAUGGAAACAUUUAUUCAUAGGAUUUUUUUCUUCUUCUUUAUUUGUACUGAGAUCAAAGUUAAGACACUAUUUUUCUAUGAAAAAAAAACAAAACAUCAUGGAUAAAUUAAAGAUUAGUUAUUCUUAGUUUAAAUUUGUAUAAUAUUAACCUUCGUCUUCGAAUAAGGUUUUCUAUUGUUUAAAAAUGAUUGUAUACCAUUCUGAAAAUCAUGCCUAAGUAAAUAAAUCAUGUUUACGAAAAAAAUUUUUUUUCUACUAAUGACAUCUACGGAAGACUUUGACCUCGUGUUAUAACUAGAGGGAGCUUAUAAAGAAACGUUAAUUGUUUUUCGAUUGAGACUAUAGCUUUUCAAUUAAUUAUUUAGUCUCUUAGCGAUUUUAUGCUUAUGGGACAAAAAAUUCGAGUAAAACGCGCAUCACUCGUCAUGCCAAAAUCAAUUAAAAAGUUUGACAUGUUCUGUCGUCAGCCAUGUCCCUAGAAGGCAUUCAGCCUCCUCUAGAAACAUUAUCAGAGAGUCUUUGCUCCCUCUACCAACAUGAUUAGGGAGCUGAACAGCUUUACAACUUUUUCUGAACAGUAUAUCGGCUUGUCCACGUAACGCGCGACACUUCGCUGAUCAAGUUUCGAAAAAAUUUUUUUUUCGAGUUUGACAAAUCUGAAUGAAUUACUAGAUGCAGUUUUUAACGCUGAUUACGAAUUUGACAUUUAUUUUGUAAAAAAAAGUUAGGUUUUAGAAUCGAAAACCGGGUUUUAAACUUGUGAAAAAUCAUAUUUUGAAUUUUGUAACCAAAAAAAUAUUGAGAGACAUACCAUUCGAUGCAGAAUUUAAUUCUCUACAAAA